CUUGGAUCAAACACCUCCUGGAAUACACCCGAUGACUGUUUUCGGGAUGAUUAUUACCUUCCGAAAAUCUCAUAUUUAUUGAAAUGGUGUAAUGAGUCCGUGAAAACAGUCGUUACGAAGGAGUGCACAAAGUGAGUUAGAUCAUCAGUAGCGCAGGGAGUCUCCGUUUUUAAACGUGAUUAUUAUUUGUUUAAGAUGGCGUUGGAUGAUAAAAGAUGGCGGUCUAUGCAGGAAAUAGACGAGUACACCCUUUCUCUGGAGAAGGGUCGAGGACAUACUCCACAAGGAUCACCUGUUAGAUUAAAAAGUGACGGAACAGAUAAAAGUGAAAAUGAUGAAAUUGAGAUAAAACAUCACCCAUUCUUCAAUCCCUGGGUCUACGUGACCAUGACAUGCAUUGCUAAUGUAAUGUACAUCUCAUCCAUUGGUGGGUAUGUGAGUGCAUCUCUCAGUACCAUUGAGCAACGAUUUCAACUAAAGAGUUCCGAGUCUGGAGCGAUUACCAUCAUUAACGAUGUCGCCGGCAUGCUUUCAAUCCUCUUCGUCACGCACUUCGGUCAUUCACGACAUCGCCCGAGGAUCGUUGGUACGGCGUUCGCUCUAUCAGGUCUCGGAACCAUUCUGUGUGCUUUACCUCAUUUUUUCUACAACCCACCGGUUGCCAUGAUGCAGAAGAUGUCUGGUUCCUGGGGUUCUAAUGAAACAACUUCACAAGGGGGUGAUGGGUUGGCUUACCAGGAUAUGUGCAGUCCGGGAGAUCCAUCUCAUCCCUCACAACCACCCGAGCAGUGUGAUGCCACUGAGAGAUCUACAUCAGGGUCUCUGAUCUGGCAGGUCGGGUGGAUUCUCUUCGGCCAAAUUCUCAGCGGUCUCGGAACUUGCGCACAACCUCUUUGUAUCACGUAUCUAGACGACAACGUGAAGAAUAAACGAAAUACAACGAUAUUCAUAGGCAUCAUCUUCAGCACGUUUGCAUUAGGACCUACGACAGGUUUCAUGUUAGCGACCAACUGCUUGGCUCGCCCGACUUUCUUCUACGACCCUUCGGUUCCUCCUCCUGCUGUUCCGCAGGGUCACCCAUACUACAUCGGGGCCUGGUGGCUGGGGUUCAUCAUUAAUGGUGGCAUGCUCAUCAUCGUUAGUAUCCCCUUUUUCUUCUUUCCGAAGACCAUGCGGAGAAAAGCCGAAGAUACCGACGUUGAUGUAGAUGGGAGCAAAGAAGAAAAGGAGAAAGCACUUCAGCAAAACGGAAAGGAAGGGGAUGUUGAUGUUCACGCGAUCUUCACAACAAGAACUGAGAUUCGGCAGGAUCAAGGACUCACUAAUUUUCUUUCAGACUUCUUCCAAACCCUCAGAAGAAUCGUCACGAAUGUUACAGCCAUGUCUGUAUUCCUUGCAACAUGUUCAGAGGUAACAGGUCACGUGGGGUGGUUUAUCUUCGGCCCAAAGUUCAUGUACACCCAGUUCCGGCUUCCACCUGCCAAGUCUUCUAUGUUGUUUGGUAUGAUGAUGCUGCCUGGACCAAUCUUGGGAAACAUCUUUGCAAGUCUCAUCGUUCGGAAAUUCAAACUGAACAGCAAGGGAUGUGCCAAGAUGAUCCUUAUGAUCUAUACAAUACUUGUGAUCCUUUCCCCUGUGCUUUACUGGCUCGGGUGUGAUAAUCCAAGCAACGCUGGUCUAGUCGUCCCGUACCACACUGACUCAAACGCAGUCAGCCCGUCACCAUUUCACACUCUGCCAACGAACGUAGAAUACGCAGACGAUCUUACUGCGAGCUGCAACGUGGAAUGUGAUUGCGCGCCAGAUUUCGUGCCAGUGUGUGGAUCAGACGGUCUUACCUACGCCACAGCAUGUCAUGCUGGCUGUAGGGAUGUUAUGAUGGUGAACAAGGAUGGGAUCAACUCAACGAUAUUUGUGGAGUGUAGCUGCAUCCCUAAGAUUUACCACAAUACUACUAUCGUCGGGGAAGAUGCGCUGAACAGCGGCUUCGCCUCACCUGGAGAAUGCCCUUGGUCUUGUGAUAGACUCUACUAUUUUCUUGGAAUGAUGCUUACCGGGUCCCUCCUUGGAUCCACAGUGUAUAACCCAGCUUUUAUGCUUCAGUUUCGGUCACACAGGGAAGAAGAUAGGUCUACGGCCCUUGGUUUCAGUAAUGUUCUGAUGAAACUUGUUGCUUUUAUACCUGGACCUGUAUAUUUCGGAGCUAUUAUCGAGCAGACUUGCCUGCUAUUCCAAGAAUCCUGCGGUAAAACCGGGAACUGUUUGGUCUAUGACAUCAAAGCUUUCAGACUGGUCUUCACUCUCUUUUCAUCAUGCGGUAGAAUUCUAGCCUUUACAUUCUUCUUCAUAGCUUUCCUCUCGGUACGCAAACAGAAGAAGGAAGAAGAGGGAUUUAUAAAGAUGCACCCUUUGCCAACAAAACGAACAGCAUCAGAAGACCUAGUCGAGACGGAACGAAAAUACACAACAGUCUGAAGUCUCCUUCAAGAACCCAUAUUUCAUAAAGGGAUGGGGUCAAUCGAUAUAGCUCACGUUCUCACCUCAGACUUAUUAUGUUUCUUUUAUAAGAGCCAAAUCGAUGUCGAGCAAGGUAGCAACCCCCAUUACCUUGCCAAGCAAGAUCGUACCAUGGAGCUAGUAGCUCCAUGAUCGUACAAGCCCAGAAUCGGUUCCACCAAGUCGGUAUACUCAAGGGGUCGUUAUAUUGAUAUUAAACCUGGCUUUGAAGUAUACAGAAGUGGCAUUUAUCGUUGCCUUAGGUACUUACUGC